UAACACCCAAUAGAAGCCAAGCCAAGCCAGCCCUAGCCAAGCCGACGUCAUAGCCGACGUCACAGCCCCCUCCAGCCGCACGAAAGCCUGUGCGCGCCCCACUGCGGCCGCAGUGGAGGGAACAGCCACGCCUGCCUAUAAAAGUCUAGCCGCAAGUUGAUUCGUCUCUCAUUUCUGCUAUAACUUUUGUGUAAGGCGUUACUCUGCCCGUUUGUGAUUUGAAAUAAAAUAAAAAUAAUCAAAGUGUCCACGUAUUUAAUUUAGCCCUUCAUUAUACUCAGAAGUGGCAUAAGUGAUCCACAAUGAUAAGAGUAAUACGACGAUCUGCAGAACGCAAGAAACGAUUGCGACCUCCGGAUGAAGAGCCCCCAACCUCGCCGAGCGUACAGCCAGAAGCUGAAGAUCCAGAUGAAGACGACUCGCCACCUGCUAAGAAGCUUCUCAAAAAUCUGCUAGUGCAAGAGGUAGAUCGAGCCCUAAAUGAUCUGAAUAAUGAGACGCCAGUGUAUCUGCGUUCAAAGCAUCGUGCAGCAUCAUUGAUACCAGAGUUCGAUCCUGAUAGUGAAGAAUGUACUGUCACCUCGUGGUUAAAAAAAAUAGAGCAACUGGGAGACAUUCACGACUGGGAUGAAAAAACUAUGUCAUUCCAUCUGCAAGACAAACUACGAGGGCAAGCAAGAAAAUGGUACAACCGCCUUGAAGAUUAUAAUUAUUCGUGGACAGAAUGGAAAAACAUGUUAUUACGUGCAUUCCCAAAACACCGAGAUUUCGCAAGUAUGCUAGAAGAAAUGAUCAACCGGAAGAAACUAGCCUCAGAAAGCAUGACGAAGUAUUAUCAGGAAAAAAUAGCCAUGUGCUUCCGGUGUAAACUAUCCGAUCAGGCCAGCGUGUCAUGCAUCAUACGCGGCCUGCCACCAUCUCUACAGUCAAAUGCAAGAGCUUUCCAAUGUGAUCGACCUGACGAGCUAUACGAAGGCUUCCUUGCAGCAUUUGACGACUACCGUGCACCAGUUCCUGACCUACGAGGAAGCAUAAAAGAUGGACCUCGUCAGAUUUCAGAGAAAAGACCUAUGUCUAUAAAUCCAGAUAUUGAUCCGUGUCCUCGCUGCAAGAAAACAGGGCACAUGGUACGAUUUUGCCCUUUACCUGAUCAACGUACUUGCUACAAAUGUGGGAAUCAAGGUCAUAUUGCGCCAAAAUGCCCAGGAGCCAGUAAACCAAGUAUUUCGACCAGUAAUGACGUCAUCAAAGAAAUUAAGCUGAUACAAAACUACAACGAGAUUUACAAGAAAACUGUGAAGGUAAAUGGCAUUUUUGUGAAAGGUUACCUCGAUACCGGAAGUCAAGUAAACGUCCUAUCAACUCAAGUAGCGGACGUUUUGAAUUUAUCAGUUACUAAAACCAAUGUACAAUUAAAAGGAUUUUCCGGUGGAAUUAUAACGAGCCGGGGUGAAGUUGAAUUCAAAUUGGAGAUAGACGGCUUACAAAUAGAUUGCAAAGCCUAUUUGUCAGACAUGGACAUGAAUGGGGUAAAUUUGUUGAUUGGCCAGCCCGUGAUAAACAAUGAAGGUUUUUCGCUAAUUGUACAUAAUGGUACAGCCACUCUCAAGCAAGAUUGUAAUUUCUUAUCACGCGUCGAAGCCGAAGAAAACAGCCGCUUCAAGGUCGUGACAGCUGAUAAGGAACGUUUGCCACGUGGAAUUUCAAUAGUGAAAGUCCACAUACUGGGAAAUAAGGAAGGAAAUGACGUCAUAACGCCUGCCCGUCACUUCGAGUUGGGAGCUAAGUCAUACUCCUUACCGGCUUCCGUGCUCCGAGGCAGUCAAGGGUACAUGAAGAUCAUCAACGUCGGGUCUGAGGAGAUCACGUGGCAGCCAGGCGAGGUGCUGGUGCGAGCUGAAGACUGCGAGCAGACAUCCCUUGAUCACCAGGACAGACAGGAUGGCCGAAUGUAACACCCAAUAGAAGCCAAGCCAAGCCAGCCCUAGCCAAGCCGACGUCAUAGCCGACGUCACAGCCCCCUCCAGCCGCACGAAAGCCUGUGCGCGCCCCACUGCGGCCGCAGUGGAGGGAACAGCCACGCCUGCCUAUAAAAGUCUAGCCGCAAGUUGAUUCGUCUCUCAUUUCUGCUAUAACUUUUGUGUAAGGCGUUACUCUGCCCGUUUGUGAUUUGAAAUAAAAUAAAAAUAAUCAAAGUG